GGCACACUGACCCAUACAUCUCACUGGAGUGAUUUCUAAUUGUAAUUAAUCUAGUUAAGUUUCUAAUUACUCUUCCAUCAACCUCAUUGUUGUAAACUUUGUAAUACAAGAUGCCACAGAAUAAGUAUUUGAACAAGUACUAUUAGACCAGAAUCUAACCUUCACAACCAAUUAACAAAGUUAUGGGACAACAGUUUACAAGUCUUAAUCUGCCAGGGAAUCCCCCUUAAGUGUUCUUGUCACACUGAAACAAGUAUUUAGCACUGAAAACAGUACAUCAGACCACAAUCACAUUUUUUAUUGAAAUACAGUGCUGUGUACUCAUUCUGAACCAACAAGUGAUAUAGUUUCUUAAUAUAAGAAUCUCAAAUGUCAAAAGAUCCAAAAGUCAAGAUCCAAAGCUUCACCUGAUUAACUCAAAACUGAUUAUGUUUGUUCUUAUCAUUCAAAUCCCACUUUGCAACACCCUCCCACCUUAUGCUCCUGGAUUUAUCCCUUAUAAGGAACCUUAGACAGAUAUAUAACACCACCUUUGCAAAUAAAUAGCAGGUCCACCGCAGCAGAUUGCAUCCUCUCCCUGGUCUGGAUCGGUAGUGGGCAAAGAUGAACGGCACUGAGGGAAACAACUUCUACAUCCCCAUGUCCAACAGGACAGGGCUAGUGAGGAGCCCUUUCGAGUAUCCGCAGUAUUAUCUAGCUGAACCGUGGCAGUUUAAGGUGCUUGCAGUCUACAUGUUCUUCCUCAUGUGUUUUGGAUUUCCCAUCAAUGGCCUUACAUUGGUGGUUACAGCUCAACAUAAAAAGCUAAGGCAACCUCUCAACUUCAUUUUAGUCAACCUGGCUGUGGCUGGAACCAUCAUGGUUUGUUUUGGAUUCACAGUCACUUUCUACACAGCAAUUAAUGGCUACUUUGCUCUUGGACCAACUGCCUGCGCAAUUGAAGGCUUCAUGGCCACACUUGGAGGACAAAUUGCCCUUUGGUCACUUGUGGUGCUGGCCAUUGAGAGAUACAUUGUGGUCUGCAAGCCUAUGGGUAGUUUUAAAUUCUCAACCAACCACGCUUUGGCAGGAAUCGGAUUUACGUGGAUAAUGGCCAUGGCAUGUGCAGCUCCUCCUUUGGUUGGGUGGUCAAGAUACAUCCCUGAGGGAAUGCAGUGCUCAUGUGGCCCAGACUACUACACCCUGAAUCCUGAAUACAACAAUGAAUCAUAUGUCAUCUACAUGUUCGUCUGCCAUUUUAUAUUUCCAGUCACCAUAAUUUUCUUCACCUAUGGACGGCUUGUUUGCACAGUCAAGGCGGCUGCAGCUCAACAGCAGGACUCAGCAUCUACCCAGAAAGCUGAGAGGGAAGUGACAAAAAUGGUCAUCCUGAUGGUGUUGGGUUUCCUGGUGGCUUGGACCCCUUAUGCCACUGUUGCUGCCUGGAUCUUCUUUAAUAGGGGAGCUGCUUUCAGUGCACAGUUCAUGGCUGUUCCUGCCUUUUUCUCAAAGAGCUCAUCCAUAUUUAAUCCUAUCAUUUAUGUGCUGCUAAACAAGCAGUUCCGGAACUGCAUGCUGACCACUCUUUUCUGUGGAAAGAACCCUCUUGGCGAUGAUGAGUCCUCAACUGUGUCCACCAGCAAGACAGAGGUGUCCUCUGUAUCUCCAGCAUAG